ACGUUAAAUUUUGUCGAUCAAAUUUUAGUUUCGUUUUUAGUUUCGUACUUUUUAACUUACAAAGUUCCCGUCCCCAAUUUUGUUGACGUAUACUGAACUUUGUUAAGUCUUUACCCUUUAUGUUAAGCAGGGUAACUUUAACAUAUUUGAAUGUCUUUAAGACAGCAUAAACCAAAGAUAACGAUAAAUUACGAUAGAAAAAUUCGAGAUUCUACAUCAACGACAACUACUACUGCCAUUCAAUCGAUUCCAUUUAACGAUGAAGGAUAUAAUAAACAUCACCUUGUAAACCCUUCACAAAAGGUUGAUACUACAAGUAAUUGGAUGAAAUCUGCAGAUGGUUUGGAUCUAGAUAACAUUACAUCAAGUAGAUUGCGUAAUAGAAAAUCUUCUGUGAAAGGUUCGAUGUCUGAAGGAAGUAGUAGUGGAAGAACUUCAUUACUUGGUAAAAGACCCCCUCCUAAAUCAUCAUCUUCAACUGAGGAUAUAGCAGAAUCAUGUUCGCGACUUAGUGUUAAUGAUGAGUCUGAUCUUCCGCCUCCUUCGAAGAGACGUGAUGUUGGAGUUAAAGGAAAAGUUUCCGUUAUUAAGAAUCAAACGAAUAAUUUAGAUGUUUUUGACUUUCCUGAUGAUGAUGAUAGUAAGCCUAUACGACGCUUUAGCAAUAAAACGUACACAAAAACUCAUGAUAAAUUUAUACGUGGACUUAAUAAUAAGACGUCAUCGAAAAAUAAAGAUGACAAAUCAACUCAAGGUUUCCUCAAAAAAUCAGUCCAAACCGAUAAAUCGUUUUUGGAAUUCAAUACUAAAAAUUUUGAUGGUGUGAAAGGAAUGAUGAAAUUACCUGAUAAUAAUUUAGGUGGUGACUUUAAGAUGACUCAUGGAAUAAAAAAACAUGAAAAUCAUAGUAAUAUAAUUGUAACAAAUAAAAUUUCUGAAAAGAAGAUUGGUAACAAUAACAUCAAAGUGACUCACGGAAUUGAUAAGAUAUCUCAAAAUAAUUUAGGUGGUGAUAGUGAAACAAAUAUGGUUUCAUACAAUAAUUUAAAUAAUAAU